AUGACCUAUCUACAUCGACUCGCCAGCCAGGGUGCCAGACGGCUGUGUCUGCGCCCGGCCACAUUGGCCACCCGCCCCUUCUCGACGACAUGCCUGCGAAGAUAUGCUGCUCCUGAGCCCGCGGGAACCAAGCUCAUCCCCGUCGACGAUGAUUUCGCGCACCCUUCAGACCCCUACGGCGCGACCCGACUAAUUCCUGGUGCCACCGAAAAGUCGCGCGAGAACUCGGUCGAGGACCGCAAGGUCCGCCACUACACCGUCAACUUCGGACCUCAACAUCCCGCCGCCCACGGUGUGCUCCGUCUCAUUCUCGAGCUCAAUGGCGAGGAGAUCGUUCGAGCCGACCCCCACGUCGGCCUGCUGCACCGUGGUACCGAGAAGCUGAUCGAGUACAAGACCUAUCUCCAGGCUCUGCCCUACUUCGACCGUCUAGACUACGUUUCCAUGAUGACCAACGAGCAGUGCUUCGCCCUCGCCGUUGAGAAGCUUCUGAAUGUCGAGAUUCCCGAGCGUGCCAAGUUUAUCCGAACUCUGUUCGGUGAAAUCACCCGUAUCCUGAACCAUCUCAUGUCCGUCCUUUCCCACGCUAUGGAUGUCGGUGCCCUGACGCCUUUCCUGUGGGGUUUCGAGGAGCGAGAGAAGCUUAUGGAAUUCUAUGAACGUGUCUCUGGUGCUCGUCUGCAUGCUGCCUACGUUCGCCCAGGUGGUGUUCACCAGGAUAUUCCCGUCGGUCUUCUCGAUGACAUCUAUCAAUGGGCUACCCAGUUCGGUGACCGCAUUGACGAGACCGAAGAGAUGUUGACUGACAACCGAAUCUGGAUUGAGCGUCUCCGUGGUGUCGGUGUUGUCACCGCCGCUGAUGCCCUGAACCUGUCCUUCUCUGGCCCCAUGCUUCGCGGUUCCGGUAUCCCCUGGGAUAUCCGCAAGAGCCAGCCUUACGAUGCCUACGACCAGGUUGAGUUCGAUGUUCCCGUUGGUACGAACGGUGACUGCUACGAUCGUUACCUGGUCCGCAUGGAGGAGUUCCGCCAGUCCCUCCGAAUCAUCCACCAGUGCCUGAACAAGAUGCCUGCUGGUCCCGUCCGCGUCGAGGACUACAAGGUCUCCCCCCCUCCCCGUACCGCCAUGAAGGAGAACAUGGAGGCUCUCAUCCACCACUUCCUUCUCUACACCAAGGGAUACGCCGUUCCCCCCGGUGACACCUACUCCGCCAUUGAGGCUCCCAAGGGAGAGAUGGGUGUCUACCUUGUCAGUGACGGCAGCGAGCGCCCAUACAGAUGCCACAUCCGUGCCCCCGGUUUCGCUCACCUGGGUGGUUUCGACCACGUCUCAAAGGGUCACUUGCUGGCCGAUGCUGUGGCGGUAAUUGGUACCAUGGAUCUGGUGUUCGGUGAGGUCGACAGGUAA